AUGAUACCCAUCCCAAAACCACUUCCAACCACCUUGGCGGCGCUACGUGAUCCGGAAUCCUCAUCCUUGUGGGAGGAUGUCUGGAUUGCUCGGUCAGACAACGACGUUGCCCCGCGAUGGCUUGUUGACAAGUCUGUUCGCUCGGGUAUACGAGCAAUAUUAACCCUUGAUCGAUGUCAAGAGGAAAGGUCACGGCUUCAGCUCGAAGCUGACAACAUGUGCUGUUGGUACACCCAAGAGAUGAUAGGUAUCAAAGCGGCCUCCUCUUCCGCUCAAUAUCAAAAGUACAAGACAUUGUUUACCCUGAUGCUACAGGAACAUACACAGCUCGCCCUCCGAUGGGCCAAUCCAUUUCUACCCCUCUCACGACUCGACGAAGACUCGCCGCACACCCACAACACCGCCAACCCCAUAACUGAUCCUCCUGCCUCCUUUCCAUCUCUUACGACUCCUCCAUUGUCAGAUAGUACACAUGGCGGAAAUGACGUGGAUGAUUUGGACCUCGGAGAGACGUUUCAAAUAACGCUGGACGUGCCAACUGCUGACCAUUAUUUGAUGGAGGUAUUAGAUGAAUCUAGCGAGGGCGAAGAGGAGGAUGACGAGGAUCAUGAUGACGUGAAGGAGAUCGGUGAAGGUCAGAAACUGACGGCCGAUGCAGUGGAUAGCAGGAAGACGGUUACUGCGCUAGCACCUUCAGACGACCAUGUUAUACGACUUAGGCUUGUAUGGGAAGUGCCAUCGGACCUUCCCAUCGACUCGAGCCUACUACCUCUCAUCAAGACCUUUCCACAUUGGCCAGUAGAAGGCGGGCAAACGUCAAAGCGUCUAGCGAUCAACAAUGUUUCGGGGUUCCGACACAUUUUUCAAGCCGACGAACUGGCCCGCAUCGAUGGUAGUACCCAACAACUCAGCGGAGACUGCAUAAAUGGAUGCGCCGCUUUACUCCAGGAUCUGCUCUCUAGAGACCUCGCAGCUUGUGGUACCUCGUUAGGUGCACCUCAUACAGCACAGCAGGUAGCGAUUUUCUCGACGUACCUCAUCCGGAAGGUCUUCGAUGAACAAGGGAAUGCUGGCGUUUGGCGGUUCUCGAAGGUCACAAAAUAUUGGUCAGCUCCGAUAUGGAUCCUGCCCCUCCAUGACAAGGAGAUGGAGCACUGGCUAGUUGUUGUCGUAUCUCUGAAGUCGCAACAUGUACAGCUGUUUGAUAGCUUGGGAUCUCGGAGAAUCUGGGACAACUGGCUUCCGAAGGUUGAGCACGUACUUUCUCGCCUGAUUGCUGCUGCGAACGAGCACGGGCACCCCCUUGCCAUCCGGAUAAGUGACUGGAUUGCGCAACCAGCGACGGUAUAA